CGCAUGCGCGUUGCUCGUCUCUUGCACACUGACGUCACCAGAGUUUGGGGAGAAACAUCCGUGAAGACUCGGAGUGGUGGGAGCUGAGAACUACGCCUGCAGAGGGAUAUUUCUCCGUGUGAGGAAGAACAAAGUCUAACUUUGCUUCGCUGAGUUUGGAAGGAAGCUGAUCUCUAACUGCUCAGUAACUGUUAAAGGAACAUCUGAGGAGAAGCUAACAGAGAUGUGGAGGCAGCAGUUCAAACAGUGGCAGAGUGCAGCAGUGGGAGACAUUUCCCAAACCGCUAAAAAAGAGGAAGGAUUUCAGCGGCUCCACAACACCUUGGAGGCUGGUUUCAACCCCAAAGUUCUGCUGCACAGAUUAGAUGUUAAGCAGAUGCUGAUGGUUAAAGAAAAAGCUGCUGUAAACCACAGAGUUUGUGCUGACCUACAUGACCCAAAGCCCCUCCACAUAAAGAAGGAACAGGAGGAAGUCUGCACCAGUCUGGAGGAAGAGCAGCUUAAUGGGGAGGAGAUUGAUGCCAUCAGCUUUCCAGUCACUGCUAUUCCAGUAAAGAGUGUGGAUGAUAAACAGUCCCCUCUGCUGUUACAGCUUCAUCAAGACCAAAUUAGAGGCAGAGAGCUUGAAGAGGAGAACUAUGGAGAAGAAUCCAUCUGGGUACGAGAUCACGAAGAUGGUUCCAUUUCCUCAGAGGUUAAAGUCACUGAGAAGGAAGAAGAGGAUGAUGAAUCUGGACUGAAAACUAAGGACAUGGACAAUGACUGGAAGGAGAGCAGAGAUCCUGAGUUAGAUGGAAACAUUGUUAACAAACCUUUUAGCUCCUCUGACUUUGCUGGACAGCAUGUUCACAGUCACUCUAUUCAGAAACACAUGACAGAUUUAGAAAUAGGUUCUUCAAGCUCUUUGGAUAAUAAAUGUUUUACGGAGAAUAAAAGGGUGGGCUCAAUAAAGAAAGUCCAAGCUGGAGAGAAGUUGAGCUGUACAGAGUGUAGUAAAACAUUUAUUGGAAAAUAUGCUUUAAACACACACAUGAGAGUCCACACAGGAGAGAAACCUUUCUGUUGUGAUAAUUGUGGACAAAGAUUUACCCAAAGAGCAAACUUGAACACACACAUGAGAAUUCACACAGGACAGAAACCUUUCUGUUGUGAUCUUUGUGGACAUAGAUUUACCAGAAAAUACCAUUUGAACACACACAUGAGAAUCCACACAGGACAGAAACCUUUCUGUUGUGAUGAUUGUGGAAAAAGGUUUUCCCGAAAAGCAAAUUUGAAUGUACACCAGAGAAUCCACACGGGACAGAAACCUUUCUGUUGUGUUGCUUGUGGACAUAAAUUUACCCAUAAAGCAAAUUUAAACACACACAUGAGUGUACACACAGGACAGAAACCUUUCCAUUGUGAUGUUUGUGGACAUAGAUUUAGCAUAAAACAACAUUUAAACACACACACGAGAAUCCACACUGGACAGAAACCCUUCUGUUGUGAUCUUUGUGGACAAAGAUUUAGGUUGAAUCAUAUUUUAAGCACACACAUGAGAAUCCACACUGGACAGAAACCUUUCUGUUGUGAUGACUGUGGACUAAGAUUUACCCAAAAAGCAACUUUAAACACACACAUCAAAAUCCACACGGGACAGAAACCUUUCUGUUGUGAUCUUUGUGGACAAAGAUUUACGCGAAAAGCUAGUUUAAAUGCACACAUGAAAAUCCACACGGGACAGAAACCUUUCAGUUGUGAUGUUUGUGGAAAAAAGUUUACCCAUAAAGCAAGAUUAAACGCACACGUGAGAGUCCACACUGGAGGUAAUCUAUGAAUUCUGGUGGCUAAUCUAUGAAUAAUAAAACUGAACUGCUGCAGUUUGCUUUGUUAUAUAUGUGUAUUUUCGUUAAAGGCAACAGUCUUCAAUCGAUGGUUUCAGGAUUUCCGUAGAGGCUGAUUUUUGUAUUUUAAUCUUUAAAAAAUGUUAAGUUCCGGAUUAGUUGUAUAACUGGUAGUUUAUUUUCCACUCGUCUCUGUCCACUGUAUUUAAUCUAUUGUUCAGAUUGAGCUUUAUCAGAGGUGUGUUUUCUGUACAUGUGAACACUUUAGUUUCUAAUACAGAAUCAGAGGACCUUGGAGUUAUUGAGUCGACCAUGAACUCCUCCAAAUACCAGAGUAUCUUUGAGUCAAGAUAAAGUCAGCUGUAACUUGGACCAAAGUGGGUUAUCAAGAGGACGAUGAUCCCAGACACAGAAGCAAAUCUACAAUAGAUCAGCUAAAAAACACAAUAAAUCAAGUCGCUGCAAUGGCCUAGUUAAAACCCAGACCAAAUCAGAUUGAAAUGCUAGGAUCUCACCAGAGCUGUGCAGAUAUUAAUUUUUCCAAACCUCAAUGAAAUGAAUCGAUAGAGGAAUGAGGGCCAAGAUAAUUUCUGUGUGUGUAUGUGCUUUUAGACCUCUUGCCCCCGCAUCGGUCACAGCAGAUGGGUAUUCAUGCAGACCUGGAUUCUGUUGAAAGUUUUCUUCUGUUAAAACUGAGUUUUUCCUUCCUGCUCUCUCCACAUGUUUGCUCUCUAUGGAGAAUUUCAUCAAAGUCAAUGCCUUUAUGCAGCUGGCUGAGCUUCCUUAAAAGGAGAACUGUUUACCAAUUGCAAUAAUGUCCUGAAUUCUAUUUGUCUUACAACUAGGUUUUAAUCAUUUUUUAUGUAAUUGAAUUAAGUCUGUUUUUGUCACUGCUUUCAAAACGUUUUUCUGUAAUUUCAUGUAGGAUCAAUAAAAAAAUCCUAUUUUAACAGAA